CCACAGUGACCUCGAUGACUACUAACACAGCUAUACCCAUUAUACUACAAGAGACAACUUCUUUAAUGGCAACCACAGAAGCUGAGGCUUUCUUAAUGACAAAUGCUGCAUUCAGUGGGACUACAGUUUCAGUUACAGAUAUAUACAGCACAACCAAUACUGCAGCCACCAUCACAACCAACACUACAAUCACAACUACACCUGCAACAAAUGGCUCAUCUUUACCCUCAACUGACACUACAGCAACUACAACCACCACAAUUACACACACAACAAACACUGAUAACACAAUGGCACACACUGCAAGUAAUGCCACAACAGCAUCUAUGACAACUACAAUGAGCAGAAAUACAACGGCAACAAAUGGGUCAUCUGUACCCUCAUCUGACACUACAACAACUACAACCACCACAAUUACACCCACAACAAACACCUCAUCUAUGCCCACAUAUAACACAAUGGCACCCACUGCAAGUAAUGCCACAACAGCAGCUAUCACAACUACAAUUAGCAGAAAUACAAUGGCAACAAAUGGCUCAUCUGUACCCUCAACUGACACUACAACAACUACAACCACCACAAUUACACCCACAACAAACACCUCAUCUAUACCCACAGAUAACACAAGGGCACCCACUGCAAUUAAUGUCACAACAGCAGCUAUCACAACUACAAUGAGCAGAAAUACAACGGCAACAAAUGGCUCAUCUGUACCCUCAACUGACACUACAACUACAACCACCACAAUUGCAUCUAUCACAACUACAAUGAGCAGAAAUACAACGGCAACAAAUGGCUCAUCUGUACCCUCAACUGACACUACAACUACAACCACCACAAUUAUACCCACAACAAACUCUGAUAACACAAUGGCACCCACUACAAGUAAUGUCACAACAGCAUCUAUCACAACUACAAUAAGCAGAAAUACAAUGGCAACACAUGGCUCAUCUGUACCUUCAACUGACACUACAACAACUUCAACCACCACAAUUACACCCACAACAAACACCUCAUCUAUACCCACAGAUAACACAAUGGCACCCACAGCAAGUAAUGCCACAACAGCAGCUAUCACAACUACAAUUAGCAGAAAUACAACGGCAACAAAUGGCUCAUCUGUACCCUCAACUGACACUACAACAACUACAACCACCACAACUACACCCACAACAAACACCUCAUCUAUACCCACAGAUAACACAAUAGCACCCACAGCAAGUAAUGCCACAACAGCAGCUAUCCCAACUACAAUGAGCAGAAAUACAACGGCAACAAAUGGCUCAUCUGUACCCUCAACUGACACUACAACAACUACAACCACCACAAUUACCGCCACAACAAACACCUCAUCUAUACCCACAGAUUACACAAUGGCAGCCACUGCAAGUAAAGCCACAACAGCAGCUAUCACAACUACAAUGAGCAGAAAUACAAUGGCAACAAAUAGCUUAUCUGUACCCUCAUCUGACACUACAACAACUACAACCACCACAAUUACACCCACAACAAACACUGAUAACACAAUGGCACCCACCACAAGUAAUGCCGCAACAGCAUCUAUCACAACUACAAUGAGCGGAAAUACAACGGCAACAAAUGGCUCAUCUGUACCCUCAACUGACACUACAACAACUACAACCACCACAAUUACACCCACAACAAACACCUCAUCUAUACCCACAGAAUACACAAUGGCACCCACCGCAAGUAAUGCCUCCACAGCAGCUAUCACAACUACAAUGAGCAGAAAUACAAUGGCAACAAAUAUCCAUUCUGUACCCUCAGCUCACACUACAACAACUACAACCACCACAACUACACCCACAACAAACACCUCAUCUAUACCCACAUAUAACACAAUGGCACCCACCGCAAGUAAUGCCUCCACAGCAGCUAUCACAACUACAAUGAGCAGAAAUACAAUUGCAGCAAAUGGCUCAUCUGUACUCUCAGCUGACACUACAACAACUACAACCACCACAAUUACCACCACAACAGACACCUCAUCUAUACGCACAGAUUACACAAUGCCACCCACUCCAAAUAAUGCCACAACAGCAUCUACCACAACUACAAUGAGCAGAAAUACAAUGGCAACAAAUAUCCAUUCUGUACCCUCAGCUGACACUACAACAACUACAACCACCACAAAUACACCCACAACAAACACCUCAUCUAUACCCACAUAUAACACAAUGGCACCCACCGCAAGUAAUGCCUCAACAGCAGCUAUCACAACUACAAUUAGCAGAAAUACAACGGCAACAAAUGGCUCAUCUGUACCCUCAACUGACACUACAACUACAACCACCACAAUUACCCCCACAACAAACACUGAUAAGACAAUGGCACCCACCACAAGUAAUGCCACAGCAGCAUCUAUCACAACUACAAUGAGCAGAAAUACAACGGCAACAAAUGGCUCAUCUGUACCCUCAACUGACACUACAACAACUACAACCACCACAAUUACACCCACAACAAACACCUCAUCUAUACCCACAGAUAACACAAUGGCACCCACUGCAAGUAAUGCCACAGCAGCAUCUAUCACAACUACAAUGAGCAGAAAUACAACUGCAACAAAUGGCUCAUCUGUACCCUCAUCUGACACUACAACAACUACAACCACCACAAUUACACCCACAACAAACACUGAUAACACAAUGGCACCCACAGCAAGUAAUGCCACAACAGCAUCUAUCACAACUACAAUGAGCAGAAAUACAACGGCAACAAAUGGCUCAUCUGUCCCCUUAACUGACAGUACAACUACAACCACCACAAUUACCCCCACAACAAGCACCUCAUCUAUACCCACAGAUAACACAAUGGCACCCACUGCAAGUAAUGCCACUACAGCAGCUAUCACAACUACAAUUAGCAGAAAUACAAUGGCAACAAAUGGCUCAUCUGUACCCUCAACUGACACUACAACAACUACAACCAACACAAUUAUACCCACAACAAACUCUGAAAACACAAUGGCACCCACCACAAGUAAUGCCACAACAACAUCUAUCACAACUACAAUGAGCGGAAAUACAACGGCAAUAAAUGGCUCAUCUGUACCCUCAACUGACACUACAACAACUACAACCACAUCAAUUACACCCACAACAAACACCUCAUCUAUACCCACAGAUUACACAAUGGCAGCCACUGCAAGUAAUGUUGCAACAUCAGCUAACACAACUAGAAUCACCACAACUAUACCCGCAACAUAUACCUCAGCAAUUCCCACAAAUAACACUACAACCACCACAAUUACACCUGCAACAAACAAAUCAUCUACACCCACAGAUAACACAAUGACACCCACCACAAGUAAUGCCACAACUGCAGCUAACAUAGCUAUGAUCGAUAAUAUUUACAGAAAUGUACAUGCCUACGAGCCUAACUCUGCAAUAGUAUCUGGUUUCAGACCUGGCAGUGUGAUUGCAGACUUUACUAUUCGAGCAACAAGUGAAAACAUUAAUCUGGUAUCACUAAACCAAGAAGUUGUUAAAAACCAUAGUUUAGAGAGAUUUAAUGUGAGUGAUUCUCCAUUCAGUCAAAGUGUUAAAGAUAAACUAUAUAGAGGUAAUGGUAAAAUAUAUCCUGGGACAAACCUCUCACUGACCUGCAAACCAAAUAAUAAUGGCAUUACCUGGACCAUAAAUGGGAAUAUACUACAGCCAUCGAAUAAGUAUGUAUUUACUGACCUCGGACUCACUGUGAAUAAUGUGAACUCUAAAGACAGUGGUCAGUAUGCAUGCAAAAUAACAGUAAACUCAAUGCCCUAUGUUAUGUGGCAAGUAAUUAAAAUUCAGCCAUACCCCAAUAUCCAAGUGAGCAGUGAUAAAGUUGUAAAAUGUGAGGAUACAACAAUCCUGCUGCAGUGUUGUGUUCAGGAGAACUAUGGAGUGGAGUGGAAUGUUGACCCUGCAGCUUGCAUCCCAACUUUAAUAGCAGGCUGCCUAACAUGCAUGUAUAAAAUUAAUAAAGAAGUCUGCCUAAGGACUACAAAUAACCUAAUAAUGCAGUUCAAAUGUCAACUUACAUCACCUAUCAGCGAAAGCAGUUACAACUCAAAGAGUUUCACGAUAAAUGUAAAAAACACAUCAUUUAAUUGCUCUAAUAAUGUUUUUGGAGCUGGAAAUCAGGGUGAAACACAAACAGCUAACUGUACUGAUGAAAUGGUUGGCUAUCAAGUAGCUCGGUGUAAUUCAUCAAAUAUAUGGGAUGUCAUAGAGGACAACUGUGUCCUGCUCAUCUUUCACAAAUUAAAAAAUGAAGCUGAGAAUUUACAGGUAGCAGCCAUCCCACAAUUUAUGGCAAGACUCAGUGGUAAUGCCACAUUAAAUAUUCAAACCAUUAUUUACUCCCCAGCUACUAUAACAACAAUUGUAGACACACUAAGAAUUGUUUCAAAUAUCUCACCAACAAUUAUCAUCACUCAACCCAUUUUGACAGCUUUCUUAAAAACAACUGAUGUCAUUGGAUCGGAAGGUGCAUGUGACACAUGGGGGCUUUUAAACAAAAACAAUAGAACAGCGAAUGUCAGUUCUGAACUUCUGGAUUUGAUUGAGAGUCUUACACACAGACUCCCGAAUAACAAUUUGUUGAUAUCAACAAAUUUAACUUUUUUCAGUAAAAUCAUAAUAAAUUCUCCCUUUUCUGGAAAAUUUGGGAAUAAAUUAACUACUCAAAUAAGUUUUCCUGAGAUUACAGCACCAACUUUUAUCACCAUCAUAGUUUCCUCAGCUUUCAACAAUAUCUUACCUGUUCGAAAUCUGAUCUACAAUGACAGCAGUCAAUCCAGGAUCAAUGGAGAUGUAGUCCUGGUUGAGACAACUUCAACAAUUAACAACAUCUCCCUUUCUUUUGAUGUCAAAAGCAAUAAAUUGGGAAACCCUCAGUGUGUCUUUUGGAACUAUACACUAAAUAUUGUUGGUGGAUGGGACUCGACUGGAUGUCAACUAAACACAUUAGGGAAUAAUAUGGAAAGAUAUACAUGUGAAUGCAAUCACACAACCUCUUUUUCAAUCCUGAUGUCAGAUGUCAGUUCCCUAAAUGAGGACUUGACCUCAGCCUUAGCCUAUAUAACUUACAUUGGUGUUGGCAUUUCAAUGGCAAGCUUAGUUUUGUGCAUCAUCAGUGAAAUCGUCAUAUGGAAAUCAGUGACACGAAAUGACACAUCCUUCAUGCGCCAUGUCUCCAUUGUCAACAUUGCUGUCUCUCUAUUGAUUGUGAACAUUUGCUUCAUCAUUGGACCAGCUGUUGUUAAACAAGAGGGUCCCUGCAGUACAGCGACGUUCUUCAUGCACUUCUUUUAUCUCGCCCUUUUCUUCUGGAUGUUUCUGUCAGCACUUUUGCUCCUCUACCGCACCCUCAGGGUCUUUUCCAGAAUGACCAGAGGAGCAAUGAUGGGCAUAGGCUUCACUGUCGGCUAUGGAGCCCCAUUAAUCAUAGCUGUCAUUACUGUGGCAUCUACAGCUGGAGGCAAAGGAUACAUUCAACAAGAUUACAAUUGUUGGAUGAACUGGGAUAAAACAAAGGCUCUCUUGGCAUUUGUGAUUCCUGCUCUAACGAUUGUAGCUAUAAACCUCCUGGUGCUUAUUGUGGUUCUGUGUAAGAGAGGAGUUAAUGCUGCUGUUCAGCCAGAUGAGAGACAUACCCUUUGGGUCAUUGCUAGAUGUGUGGCGAUUUUAACACCUCUCUUUGGUCUAACGUGGGGAUUCGGCAUUGGGACCUUGGUGUCACCAGACCGUAGGAUUCAUAUAGUGUUUGCAUUCCUAAAUUCACUGCAGGGUUUUCUUAUUUUAUUGUUUGGAACUUUACUGGAUAGUAAGGUCCGGGAAACACUGGCAAGAAAGAUGGAACUGAGGAACUCUAUCCACAUGGUGAGCACAAGUGCAAGACCGUCAACAUCAAGUCGAUCUUUUUUCUUGCAGAGGUUCAGGAUAAGAAAUGUGUACAACAUAUCGAAUAAUAGCAGUUUGUCAGCAGCAUCUUCGAACAGCUCAGAUGCAUCUAUUGGCAGACGCUUUAUAUUUCCGUAAGCAGUUUGACUUUAUAGUCACUGGGGCUGACUGAUGGUUUCAUCCCUGCAUUGUGUUAUGAGUGCAAGAAAGAGGAGACGGACCCAGACUUUGAAGAUUUCUGCUAAUUUACAGAGAAAACAAAGAAUAAUGUGACUACAAUCUGCAGAAUUGCUGCUCACCCCACUCGCCCUAACACCUCAUGACUAUUAUCUUUACAUUAAUACCUUUGUAUGUAUCAAAUUGCAAAACACAAAUAAUGUAUAUAAUAAAAAUGAAAAUGUUGUGCCUGGA